AUCCAGUCAUUCUCUCUUUCGCUAGAAGGAAGUUGAAACUAAUUUAGACGACGAUAGCAGUAUCUGUAACGCUCGCUUAUCAAUGCGUUUCAGUUUCGAUAAUGUUAUCGCCAACUUGCAGAAAACUGCAGCAGAAUUGUGGAAAUGAAGAGCAGUAAAAAAUCUUCGUACUUUGAGAUGAAAGAUAUCAUCUCCCAUUUUUCAGACAGCAAAGACGAGCAAGAAUUCCUCGAAGUAAUAAAGGAAUAUUUCGAUCUUGAAAAGUUUGAGGUAGAACCACCUACGAAGAUUUCUAAGCUAUCAAAAUCCUUUGAAGAAUUGUAUGUUCAGUAUUGCGCGUCCUUUUCUCUAGUUUCGCAGAAGACUGAAAAGUGGGCUUCUCACAGACGCCUGCUCAUAAAAGCGGUGGACUCUGCCGUCGCCACGUUGAUUAAGAUCAAACUGUAUUCUUCCAGAAGCAAAAUUACAUUUUCAGCAAUUGAUGUAUUGGGAACUUCCGCGUCGCUUGUCCUGGAGCACUUCCAAAAGAACUGGGCCACCACGCUCCUGUACACGUCUGCUGGCUUUGGCUGCUUGAGCUUCAUCUGCAGCAUGUUCGACAUAACAAAGACCUCCUGCAUCAUGGAGGAAAUACUGAAAGAGCUGAGGAAAGAUUCGGAGUACCUCGCAGAAAUACAAGAGACGCUGCAGAAAAUGUACGAGUUUGACAGAAAUGUCCAGAAACUGUUCCCGCACGGGAUAGACGCGAGAGUCGUUAAACUUAUUCAGGAACCCUACACGGCUCGAAAAAGCAAACCAGAGAGCUACAAAAGGGUGAUCAACGUGUUGUCGGAAACAAGCGACAGAAUGCAAAUAUUUUUAUCAGUGCUCAUUUCAAAUCUAAGAGCAGACCCCAAUUUAUUGGACGACAAAGAAUUUAUGACGAAUGUCAAAGAUUUUGCAAAAAGCUGUAUAGCUGAAAAAUGGUGGAACAGGAUGAAACACCAAGGCAUGUUGCCCAUUUCGCAAAAGUCAAGACUCUUCACCUACCUGAAUUCUCUGUCAAGAAUCGAAUCGAUGCCAAUUCGGACUUUCCCUCUGCUUUCGACGCCGGUCUGGCAUCUAAAUGGCUUUCCAACAGUGGGAGCCAUUUUCAUGAAUAGUUUGGUGGUUUUUGAUUCCUAUUGCGAUUUGAUUCAAAACGGUAAAACGCGAGAGGCUGACCUCUUGCAAGAGCUGCAUCAGACGUUGGAAGUGGAAUACAAGAAAAUCAUGGACGUGUAUCAGCAAUUGACUCCAUAUGCAGAUGAAUGAUGAUAACGGAGAAACGUCUUAGUUCGAUCGAUUUUUUUUUUUUUUUUUUUUUUUUUUGCGUUGCCAAUCUGUUUUAAAAAUUACUUGAAUUCAAAUUUUAGAAUAUAUUGCCUAAUCUUAAAUUUUAUAAAUUUUAUGUCAAUUAUUACAUUUUUUAAAAAAAAUUCAGUUAUCUCCAAUAAGUUAAACUUUUCAGUGAAUAUUUCAAUUGUAUGAGCCUUUUCAAUAAUAAUAAUUUCUUUUCCGAUUGUUGCACUUUAUAAUAUUCAAACAUCUAAAAAUGUAAAAUAUUUUGACUCCAUUCUUAGCAAAUUUAUUGCUAUAAAAAAUCACUUUCUUCUUAAUUUCUAGUUUUUUUUUUCUUUAAUGCAAGAAACAAUUUAUUUAUUUUAAUGAUAUACAUUGAAAUAAAAAUGAGGCCAGAAUAUACAUCUGUUUAUCUGUGUCCUUUCAGCAUGUAAUUAUAAUAAAAAUUACAAAGGCAGAGAAAAUUAUAGAUGUGAAAGUCAUAACUGCAGACUGGGGGGGGGCAAUAAAUAAUAAUGCUCCCAUCAUCCUUUAUUCUUUUUCUAAAUCACUUUUUUCCCUUGACAUGGUUGCUUGCUUUUAUAAUAACAAUAUUUAUCAUCUAAUUUUUAAUUGAAUGAAAAAAUUUCGAUAAAUAUUUAGUUGAUGUGUGCUGUUACGUUGUUUGUUUGUUUAAACCUGUCAAGUCUGAAACAAAUAGAAUACGAUAACAGUAGCUAUUUGACGUUGUUCAGAGCUUAAAAUUAAACAUAUGCAAUACAAUAGAGGUAAAAUAUUUAUUAGCAAAUUUUCGUGUGCGCUUAAUUUCUGUAACUGCAUUAUAAAAAAUAUAGAACAGAUAAAACAGAUAGAUGAAUAAAAAUUAUGGAUUUCAUUAUAAAGUAUUGAAUAUAAAGAAAUAAUAUUAAAUCGAAUAAUAAAAAUGUUUGUUUGUUUUUUUACUUUGUUAAAUCGAAAAGAAAUAAAGCAAAAACAAUAAAUGUCUUUUAAAGAAAAUUAAUUUAAAAAAAUUCUUGGAAGUAAAAAUAUGAAUUAUUUUAAACUGAAUGAGAUAUUAAUUUCUGCAUCUAUUUUUUUUCAUAUGCAGAAAUUGUUUCAGUUGUAAAACAAAAUAGUUCAUUCGGAUAUUAACUUUACAUUCACAGCUUAAUUUUUAUUGAAUUCUCCAUUUUUUUUAACAUUUUGGCAACGUAUUAUAUAUUAUUUUACUUAAUUUUUUAUUUAUUGAAACUAUAAUUUCAUAUUAUAUAAUGAUACUAUAAUUUGAUUACUAUACUAUAAUAUACUAUAAUUUGUAUAUUAUAGUAUAGUAGUAAUUAUAUUAUAGCUUUAUAGUAUACUAUAAUUUGAUUUAUUUUCAGUUGUACGAAAUUUCAUUAGAGAUUAGAGAGCUUUAUUAGAUUUUAUUGGAUCUUAUUUUCAUUAUGGAUAGUAACAUUAUAUAUUUUUAUAUUAUUUUUUACUAAACAUGAAUGAUUAAUGUUAAACCAAAUGAAUGUAAAUACUCUUUAUAAAUAUAAAUUUUGUAAUAAAAGUAACAAAGAUUAUAAAGCAACACUUUUGCAUUUUAUUAAAACAAAACAUGCAAUACACACAUUUUUAAAGAAAAGUAUAUUUGUAUGUUUUUGUCAUUAUUUCCAAAUUAAAGGAAAAUUUUUUACUAGAAUUAUCAAUUUUACCUCAGAUAAUAAGGAAUUUGUGCUGCAGUAGAGCAAAUGCCCAGUAUGUAAUGAUGACCUGAGCAUUUUUUUAUUUGACUAGAUUAAAUAAAAUUACAAUGAUUUUUCAAUGUCACUCAUUUCUAAUUUAUGGCAAUUUAUUAGUUUGAAAAGAAAUUUUGUAUUAUUCAUAUUUCCAAAAUAUAUAUUUUUAUAACGGUAGCUGUACUUUCAUGUAUUAAAGUUCUCAAAACUCA